CAUCAAAAAUCGGAAAAGUUUCUAUAAUAUUUGUGUUAAACGAAAGAAUGUUUAAUUUUCACGCCUAAAAUUGUUCAAAGAAAUGCUCAGUCUACGUAAGUAAGCGUGAUUGUUGUGAGACAUUGUUAAAAAACAAGAGUGUUUGAUAUUGUGGGAUUGAGCAACGCUAGCAAACCGCAGCGAAAUUUUGGCACAAUGGAAGCCGCAGACGUAAACGAGGAGUACGACCUCACCAAGAUCUGCCGUUGUUGCCGUAAAAGUGAUCUCAACAUGCAGCCAAUGUUUCACACUGCCGGAGAUCAAGGAGUGGUUCUUCAUGAAAUGUUCACCGAUUGUACUGCCAUUCCGGUUCUAUACCAUGACGGUAUGCCUCAGAAUGUUUGCAUGGAAUGUGUAAAGGACGUCAAUCAAGCAUACAACUUUCGGAAACGUUUUGAAGAUAGUGACCGCUUCUUCCGAGAGUACCUUUCACGUCGGAGAUUUGACGGUGAUUUAGUCAAGGUGGAAGCGAUCGACAUAAAAUCGGAGCUGGCUUUUUUCGACAUGGGAAAUGGUCCCCAAAUUCUACAACCGGAAACGGACGCUCUGGAGGCGGAAGACGAUGGUAGUGGCCAUCAUGACUACGACAGUGAAUUCCCGGAAGCAGCAUUUGUUACGACUGAGCUGGCGGAAAUCCCGUCGGAAGAGGAGCAGAAUGACUAUAAAAAUAACGAACAGCUACUGAAUGUGGGGAGCAACCGGUCCCGGGUAAAGCAACAACUGAUUGCGGAAGAAAUCGAUCCGGACAAACUGCUGGCGGCCAAAAAAUCGAAGACGUGCUUUAUAUGCAGCAGAACGUUCACUCGGAACGAUCACCUGAAUCGGCAUUUGAAAACACAUCUGGGCGGCCCUAUGGAGCAGAUUCAUUGCAACAUCUGCAGCCGGGCGUUCACCCGGAAGGAUCACCUGAAGCGUCACAUGAAAAUUCACAGCAAAGAUUUUACCUGCGAGUUUUGCGAUAGGAAAUUUUCGACGUUGGAUUAUAGUGAGUAUAAGACGCAUAUGGCUAAGGAUCAUCCCGGUAAGGAGUUGCUGCACGUUAGAAAACCAAGAAAACGAAAGGAAGGUACAAACGUUAUAGAUAUGAAAGAUUACGUAUUGGAUAAGGGUAAAACUGAGGCCAUCUGUCGUAUUUGUGAUACAACUUUUGACAAAAUUGCUGAAUUGCGAAAUCAUCUGAAAGUGCACAUUGAUCCGAUAACAUUUGCUAACGUUAACAUUCAAACGAAACCGUAUCUCUUCGAGGAAGGUCGCGUGGUGGAAAAUUUUUUGGAGAAUAUUAUACAUCGUGUGUAUAAUUGGGAUGUCACUCGAUUCUAUCAGAUUGUGGAACCGGAUGGCGAGGAGCUUGCUUUGAGUGAUUCGGAUUCGGAGCCCGAAGAAGGCGAUUCUCCAAUAGAAGGACUUGUUCGAAGGGAACACAAAUGCAAUGUGUGCCAGGCGUCGUUCGGCAGGAUAAAGAUGAUAAUGGAGCACGUUGUUGAUCAGCACCGAUCGGAGGAGUUGAUGUCCUGUUCGCAUUGUCAGCGCGGUUUCCCGAAUAAUGAUCUUCUGGUGCGCCACCUCAAGUAUCAGUGCGAGAAUCAGAACAAGAAAAUCUUCUGUCCAUUCUGCAACGAACGGUUCAUGUGGCAAACCAGCAUGAACAAGCAUGCCCAGCAGCGGCACAAACCGACGAAGCCUUUGCUGCAACGGCUCGAAGAGGAAGGCAAGGAAAAAACGCACGUUUGUCAGAUUUGCAACAAAAGCUUCUUGCACCGUCAGCAUUUGGAUCGCCACAUGGGCAUUCACAUUCCGGAGGAAAAGAAAUUCAAGUGCACCGAAUGUCACAAGGCAUUCAAUCGGAAAGAUAACCUCCGCACGCAUAUGAAGAUACACUUCCGCGAUCCGGCGGAUACCGCUCCGAAGUUGGACUUUCUGUGCACCUUGUGCGGACGAGCGUUCUCCAAAUCGUCGAAUCUGACGGUGCACAUGAGACGCCAUACCGGCGAACGGCCGUACAAGUGCGAUUUUUGCGAUAAGGGUUUCCCUCGGUCAUUGGAUUUACAGUAUCACCGCAGAACCCACACCGGUGAGAAACCUUGUAUUUGUAAGAUUUGUGGAGUGGGAUUUACAAGAUCUCACAAGCUUAUUGUGCAUAUGCGAACGCAUACUGGAGACAGGCCGUACAAGUGUACCUAUUGCGACCGCGCAUUCGCCCAAUCAAACGAUUUGACGCUGCACAUCCGCCGCCAUACCGGAGAAAAGCCGUACGCCUGUGGCGUCUGCGACGAGCGCUUUAUUCAGGGGACGGCGCUGCGCAGUCAUCAGCACGCUACCGGACAUUACGACGGAGCCACCGGGGACGGCGGCCAACAGCAGCAGUUUACGCAGGGGACGCCGCGCCGAACAACGAAAGCGGCAAAAAGCUCGUCCACCCAGUAAUGCGCUAAGCAACCAGUAGUAUUCAUUGUAAGUGUCUAGCUUCUAAGUCGUGGUUUGAGUUGUAUUUUUUUUCUGCACUCUGCUACCUACCCAGUGGUAGCAAACGCACUUUUAUCGACGGAAAAGCUACCGGAAGCGGAGCAUCUUUUUAGCAUUUGAUUUCGCUAAACCUAAAACGAAUACAAAUUGUUCUUCUACUUGUAUGCUAUCGAAAUAAUGAAGGACCCCAAAAAAGAUCGAACGUACUUGCAAUUUCCAACAUUUUAUCUUAUAGAGUGUGUAUUAUGUAAUAGUCUUAAGAUAUUUCGUAGCAUUUCUGUAG